AUGGCUACAAAUGGGUUUACUGAGGCGCGCACUUCAAUCAGCUGCGAGAAUAUACCGGAACUGUUUCUAGAUAAGCUAAUCGCAAAAACGCACUUCAGCCAGUUUGGCAAAAUCAAGCGGUUCAUUUUGCGACCAAAUAGACUAUCAUGUACGGUGGAAUAUGAACGUCCGGAAGCUGCACAGCUGGCCUUCGAAAAGGGGGCCCAGUUCAAAAACCACCCAUUCAGCAUUGACUGGACCGAUCAGAAACCGCCUCAGGAUGGCGAUAACGGCAAGACGAGUGGAUCCUUCCUUGAUGCAGAUGUGCUAAUAGAACUGGAAGCCAUCGAUUAUUCCCGCGGUGCACCGUCGUCUAACAUAAUGAGUAUUUAUAAACUACCAGAGCAAAGAACUGGUUUGGUUAGCAGCAAUCGUCCUGCUCUGUCGAAAUUAUCUGCACCGUUUUUAUCAACAUCCACUGUUCGUACAGAAACGGAUGUGAAGAUUGGACAGGCCCGAUCCGAGCUGGAAACGUUAGCCCGUAAGCCGGCAAUUACGGCCGAAGAGUGCUAUCGAGUGCUAGAGGCAAAGGAUCGUUACAUCCGCCUCACUACGGAACGCACAACUGAUAUCCGGAAGGCGAAGAACAUCGUCGGAACGUGCGAUGACAUGUGCCCGGAAAAGGAACGCUAUCUACGCGAGUGGAAAUGUAUGGUUCCAUCCUACGAACGGCAACCGAACGCCGGCGGAGGCGGAACUGUCAUUCAGAUUGAUCACGUGAAGGCGAUAAAGCAGUAUUCGCGUAGCUCUGCCGAUCAGGAGCUGCCUUUGCCACAUGAGCUACGCUCGCAGCAAGCUCUUGGACGCACGAUGCACUUCCUGCUCUCGAACCUGGCCGAUCUGUGCGAUUCCAACGAGAGUGAAGGCGGUGGAAAUGUGAGCGAUUGGUUCCAUUAUAUCUGGGAUCGAACACGAGGCGUUCGCAAGGACAUCACUCAACAGGAUCUCUGCUCACCGGAAGUUGUCGAUCUGGUGGAGCAGUGCACACGCUUUCACAUCCACUGCGCGGCACGACUUGUUUCUGAGGAUCCAUCCGUGUUUGAUCAGAAGAUCAACACCGAAAACAUGACCAAGUGCUUGCAAUCGCUGAAGUACAUGUACACCGAUAUAGCGCAGCGCGGCCAACGAUGCCCGAGAGAGGCCGAAUUCCGUGCAUACAUGGUGUUGCUUUACUUGAACGAUGGUAAUUUCCUGUGGGAGUUGCGACAGCUCCCGGCGACGAUUAUCCAUUCGAGCGAGCUUCAAUUUGCGCUGUCUGUUUACUUUGCGCUGGAAGAGAACAAUUUUGUGCGGUUUUUUCAGCUAGUUCGAUCAACGACGUAUAUGAACGCGUGCAUCCUGUUGCGUUACUUUACUCAGGUGCGCCAAAAAGCACUAGACGUGGUCCGGAAAGCAUACGCAGUGCGUGCAACAGCGAGCUUUUCUCUAUCGUACAUGACUCGAGUGCUCGGCUUCGAAGACGAGGAAGAUGCGGAAGCUUUUUUCGACCAUUACGGUAUCACAAUCGACCGCGAAAGUGGGAUGGUGCUUUUUGAACCGAAACAGUCGAUGUACUACCAACCGGAGCUGCCGUUUACUACAGGGCGCGCGAUUAAUCUGGUGGAAAGUAAGCGUACUUGUUCUGUCGGUGAGGCCAUUUGUGGACGCCCACUAGAGCAGUGGGGUCAACAACUUCCGGAAAUAAUGCAACCAAAAAAUAGCUUCGAUGAGCGCGGUUGUAUGAAAGAACAAGUGCUGGAAGCCGUGCUCAAAGGUCGCCGGAACACAGAGCAACCUGAACCACAACCUCCACUAGCUCAAGUGCAUGAAAAGGACCCUGAGCAGGAGACAAUGGAAGACGAUAAGACUGACUGUCCGGUGCGCGCGGAUUUGAGCGUGCGGAUUGAACCACAACCGGACGAUAGGCUCCUGUUUAAGGUACCAUCACCGACGAUAUCAGUGCCUCGGAUAUCUCCUCGUGCUCGUACUCCUCCUCUAAAACCAUCAGCUGGUCUGUUCGCGGAACAAAUUGCUUCAACCGUUACCUCAACUGCACCACCGAUCCUGUCAAGUGCUUCCAUUUUCGGUGCCUCAACCUCAUCCAAGACACCGACGGUCGUAACGAGCUCGUUUUCGCUGCCUGUAAAUACUGGUUUCAACAACCUUUUUGGAAGCGUCAAAUCAUCCAACAAUUCAUUCGCGGUGUCUGCUGACGACACUGGCAGUAAACUGUUUGGUUCGUUUGGAACUCCUCCAAACUCCACCAUGCUGGCGGGCGGGAAUUUAUUUGGAACCGUUACAACCAACACGGACAACACCGUGGAGGACAUUGUAACGAAGAAGUACCCAAGUCCUUCAGAAAACAAAUCGAUAAUGCCUGCCGGCCACAAACGAACGUUCUUUGGAUCGACAAAAGAACCUGCAGCUCCUUCACUGUCGAAAGCAACGGGAUCAGCGGUUGCUGGAGGAUCCUUUUUUCUCCCCAAACCUCCGGUUCAACCGACAACGGUACCUAUGGUAGCUAGUGGUGGUUCUCUCUUUGGUUCCGUGCCCAGUUUCGGAGGAAAGCUGCAAACGUUCAACAGUACUACAUCGAACUCAUCUUCCUUGCUUGCGGGAGCCUCCUUUUUUCAGCAACCGCCGAUGCCAAAGAAUGAUAAUAAUGAUGCGCAGAGAAUGGUGUCUCCUCGGGCGGAUUCGAAGUCGCUUGCGAUUGAAAUGGAGCAAAAGAAACGUGAAGAAAGCGCAAGGCAAGAACUCCUCAAACAGCAGCAGAAGCGGAAGGAAGAAUUGCAGCAAGCCAUCGAACGUGGCAGUGUUAAAGAGCUGGAACAAUUGCUCGAUUCGUUCGUUCAAGAGAGUGUCCACGAGAUCGGUGAAGCGGCCCUAACGCGACACAAGCACCUCCAGAACUAUCCAGUGGUAUUUUUGAACGAAAUUACAACUGAGCUGAUUGCACACACGGUGAGCUCAUCCGCCAAGUCCGAAGUUGAGCGUUUCAAACGGUUAAAAAGCAAAAGAGCACGGCAGCUUAGUAAGAAGUACUUCCAUCGUUGGCAUCACAACGCCCAAAGCGCCACCCGAUGGCGUAGGCUCAUGCGCACUGUCCCGCCGUCGUUCAUUAACGGUGGAAUUCGAAUGGACGAAUUGCCUCCCUGUGAACAGUUGCGUCCGUUACUGAACGCCCGACUUACUGGCUCGCAACGCAACGCCAACGAACUGCUCCAGGAUGAUUCCAUUCGGCAGGAAGUCUUCCUGUUUGAUGUAUUUCCCGACACUAAGCUAAUCGAUCCGUUCACGACGCUCGAAGGAGCGCUCCAUAAACAACCAGCUCGGUCCCACCGGGGCGUGCUUGGACUUGCCGAGCCGGUUUACUGGAAGUUGGCCAUAUCGGUGCCGAUUGAGGGUGAGGAAGGCUCAGUCGGUUUUCCGAGCUUUGUCGAUCGUUGGCUACAACGGUGUGCAUUUCGCAAGGACGAAGAAGAUCCAACGACUGCGAGUCCGUAUUUUUUCUUCGCAAAGCGAUUAUCUUCUUCAAUCGAGACCACAAUGCAAGGAAAGCGUCGGUCGAUUGAAAACCAAACACGUAGCGCUAUUUGCAUGCGGCUGCUUCGAGGACGUGCCGUCAAUAGUGAAGCGGGCACCGAUAGUGUGCACGCGUGUAACUUCACGAAUGGAUUGUUAUUUCUGCUGAACGAUCGCUGCCGAAUAAAUGAAGCCCGGAACCGUUUGCACCGUGUCAUAGAGCGUUGUUCUUCUCCACCACCGUCGAUUGCGAUCAUUCUUUACUGUCCGAGUAAUCACGGCUCCAACAUUGCUGCUGCAAUCGAUCUGGACAAACAACUAGGGUUGCACCAGGGAGCCGUGAAGCGCUGGCGUAUAUUUUAUUGGAACAAAUCAACCGAAAACGACACUCUGCGAUCCGCACUCACAUUCCUGGCCCACUGCUUCCGGGCUCAGCUACAAUACGAUAGUGAAUACUAUGAUCAGCGGUUAGAAAUGCGUCCUCUAUCCGAUUUCCUGGCGCUCUGUGUAGGAUCGGAACUGUGGUAUCGAUUAGACAAAUGUUGUCGCUCGCCGGACCAAAGCAUUACGGUUGGACGGAAUGCGGCUGCGAUCGUUCAGCUUUACAAUACCGCUCUGGAUCAGGUUUUGGUGAUGGUAACGCAGGAUUUAACAAAGUUCGCGCAUCUGCCGAAAGAAUUCGGUAGCCUCCGGGAUGCAGCUGCAACGACGGGAAAGUUUCUACCGCUGCCAGAAGCAUAUUUCCCACCCGAUUGGCAUAGUGUUCAUCGAAAGGACCUAUUGCGGAGGCUGCUAAAAUCGCUCGAGCUCCAUCCGCCUCCGAGGACACUGGAGAUGGCAAUCGACCGUGCUGCUGUUGCCGUCAUCGAGCAGGGUAUCGCUCUCGACGUGACCGAGCUUCAAACGGAGCUGCACCAUUAUCUUUCCGGAUAUCGCGUGUUGCAGGAAAAAGCACCGCAUGAAGUUGACCCACUAGCACAGCAGAUCCUGCAAGGUAUUGUGACACAGGUAGCAGGCUAUGCAUUCGAGCUAGAAACGCGUCCCACGAACGCCAGAGAACACCUAGGUCGCCGCUGUUAUUGGGUGCCGUUGUUUGCACUGGUUUCAGAAACACUAUUGCGCAUUUUGGUCGCAGAUGCUGGUCGGAAUACACGCGACAUGUUACCGCGCGAAGUAUUCUAUAGGCGAGACGAAUUUCUGCAUCACACCGAAACAGACUGGUGGAAGGAACAAUUGUCGGUGAUGCAGGAGGAACAAGAGUCAUCUCGAGAACUAGAAUCAGCUCCCGCCGUCCAGGUGAAUCAACAACCGCCGGCGAAUGUAACGCAGUCAAAUAUACCGGAUCGAAAACGAGCGCGCUCUGAGGUGUUCAACGACGUGGUUUCUGUUGACGGAAGCAUCGCCGCAGAUGGUAACUGUAGCGAGGAAGACAGUGACGACGACAGCUGUAAUAGUUCUGCUAAAACUGGUUACAAACGCUCCAAGAUCGUCAAUGAUGAAGCCACCGAUUUAUACGUUCUGGAUAAGGUGAUCGAGAACGGCAUGAAAGCGUUGGUGCGUGCUGAAGAAUUGCUCAGCAAAAAGCACGCUUUGGCUAACGAGCUGCAAAUCGUGUUUGAUCCAAUCGAGAAGAAGAUUCAGGAAGUGGAGGAAUCCUGUCGAUCGCUUAGUCGACAGCACGGACAUGCCUCUGCUUAUUAAAGGCGUUAGAAAAUAAACACAAAACAAGCGAUCAUCAGACCAUACUCUCAGGGAUCAUCUUAUAGCAUUGUAGUCGUUGUAUACCAUUUUGCUGAAACAA